AUGUUCACUACAUCCAACUAUACUACAUCACUGAAUACCAUAGACCCUUUCCUAUUCAGCAGAUUUGAUAUGUUUGACUCAAAUGAUUUUAAUCAAACUGCCGAUAACCACAGCGAGAACCAAACACAGAACCAAACACAGAACCAGUCCAAAGAACAGAUUAACCCAUUGACACUGAACUUUGGAAACAAUAAUGAUGGUGCCAACCUCGCGAGUAUUGGAAAUACCGGAAAUGCUACCAACUUUUUUUCAAUGGAUGAACAGUAUAAUGACGGAACUGCAAGCCAAAACUUUCUGAUGGAAAGCAGAUACAAUAUGGACGAUGCUCUGGCGCCCACUCUUGCGGCACCUUGUAUUGGCUCUACUUCUUCUUAUUCUGCUGUUGGUGCUGCUGCUACUAAUACUGGUGCCGGUGCAACGAGCUACAAUGCUUAUGCUGCAAACACUUUGCAACCGGCAACAAAUCAAUUGAAUCCUCUGACAGAAGACAACACCCCCAUCAACUACUCAAAUUUAUACUCUUCAUCAAUCAAUGUCAACUUGGCCGGAUAUCCAAAUACUGCAACUACUGCAAAUAGCCAACAGCAUCAACACCAUACACAAAACCAGUUUCAGCAUACAAAUUCAAACCAAACUGCAGGUUCAUCCACCAUUUCUUCAUCGAUAUAUUCCUAUAAUAAUACUCAACCAGAAUUGGGGGACUCUCAAGCAGCAACAUCUACGGCACCAGCUCCACCACUACAGCUAUUACUGUAUGACUCACAAUCCUAUAAUGCGCAAUCUUUAUUGGCAUACCAGGGCCUGAAUAACACUUCAAAUAAUUACACUAUUGGCACCAUUGGCACCAUUGGCUCACUUGGUUCUGUUGGUUCUGUUGGUUCUUUUGGACUGGGGUACAACACUAACCAACAAAACCCUCUCUCGUUUCCAAACAAUUUCCAUCCAUUGUCUACGGCCAACUCUUCAGCAACAGCGACUUCUCCAUUGGUAUCCGGGUACUCGUAUAGCCCAUCUGGCCAGUCUGUUUAUUUUGAUGAAAAAAAUAGCAGUAAUCACACUCAUGGCCAACAACUAUCAGCUUCAUCAUCGACAACAUUUGACCAGUUAUCGUACAAUACCAUGUCCCCAAUAACAGGAACAAAUGCAACCACUCAAUUUGCACAGUAUCCCCAACUGCAUCAUCUAGCACAUUCGUCCGUUUCUAAAUCGUCUCCUACAACUACUCCUACUACUAUUUCACAUCUACCUUCGAGAAGAAAUUCAAGGACAUAUAAACGUAAGGACAAACAAAUACAACAUCGCCAUAUCCUGCUGCUGCAACAACAAAAACAGCUUCAGGGACAUCUGAACCAUCUGGCAUCCCCAGUAGCGACACUGUUCAAUUUCGAUUCAAAAAACUUUUUUUCCUCCUCCUCCUCCUCAUCAUCAUCAUCAUCGGGCCAAAACAAACGUUACCGAAUUGUUCGAGGUAUAUCCUCAGGUGGUACCUCGACACGGCCGCCUAAGGAGUCGCUCACUAGUGAAUCCAUCUUUCUUCCCACAACGCUUCUGCUACACAAUGCCGGUAUCAAAGACCUUUGUUUCCCGCAGUGGUCAGAAAGCGAACGCGAGGAUAGAAGAAGAAUCAUUAGAAUAGAACGUACACAAAACGGACCACACUUGAUGGUGAACUUUAGUAUAGUAGGAUCAGCCAAUGAAAACCCAGUUACACUACCACCAGUGCAACCAAACGUUGAUGUUCUUGAAGUUAGUUGUUUGGAGUGUGAAGUACAACUAGGCGAGAAUGGAGAAGAUUUUGAAGAAGAAGAAGACAAUACAAUUACUCAAAAUGAAGAAAUGGGUUUUGGUAAUAGUGGUGGUAACUCAUUUGGAUCUAGCACGGGAUCUACUCAUAACUCGGGAUAUCCAUCUCCACGUCAUUAUACAAAAUCAGAUCCACAGGGCCACACUUAUCAAUAUUUUAUCACCUCGGUCGAAGUCAUUGAGAUUGUCGAAUUACUUAUUGGCACAGAAUACAGUAAUGCAGCAGAGAAGAGGAAAGAGCGUGGACGUGUUCGUUCAAAUCUCGUCCCAUUUUGGCUGAAACGCUCAAUCAAGUCCAAGGUUGGCGAUUCGUCAUCAUCGAGUAGUAGUCUUGCUAUUCCUGAAAAUAACAGUUUUAGCAAUAGCAACAAUAGCAACAACAGUGGCAAUGAUUCGCGCACCUCUUCAGCUACAUCAGUGUCAACAGGUAAUACUUCGCGGUCAUCUAUGUCAUCAUCUUCGGCCUUUGGCGGAAGUCAAAAUAGCAGCAUCUCAUCGAUUAAUCAAGAGUACAGAUCCGAAUUGGCACGAAGGAUAAUGAAAUACGAGAUCAGAAAGCCAAGAGGGUUUGAUAAGGAAGUUAGGAUUUUGAGAUGGGAUAAGUUGGUGCCUGCAUUGAAGAGGGCAUUACAAAGCUAUUACACGGAAAUACCUAAAUCAGACUCCCACUUGCAAUUUUAA